AUGAUAGUUUCGCUCAAUUGCGCAGGCUUCAAGGAUACAUCCACAUUCGUAGCGUUUGCAUUAAACGUGAUGGAUAGAACCUUUCCCAAAUCAACGUUCAUAAAGUCUAGUCAUGAUGAUGAUGAUGAUGAUGAUGAUGAUAAUGAUAAUGAUAAUGAUGAUAAUGAUGAUAUCAUCAUAAAUGUAGCAUAA